UCUCCUGAAGAAGAAGAAGAAGAGAAGAAGAAGAUGAUGAUGAUGAACAAGUCAGAAAAAGAAUGCUCCUCAAAUUUCCUUACACUGUUGGCCAAAUUCUUGAUUGGACUGUCUCAAGUAAGGAACAAGGAAACUAUAAGGGAGUCUCAAUAGCCCCUUUUUUCUCUGUCUUUUUGUUGAGAAGUAAUACCAAACAGAUCUUCUUUUGGAGAUCAAUUGCAAAGAGGCUCAAAAUAACAACUUGAGGCAACUGCCAAAUUUCCUGAAGAUUAUAUAGAAAAUGAAGUGCUUCUUCUACUUCAGAAACAAGAACAGGAGUAGGCAUCAAAGAUCAGCGCCUGAAUUGAAAGAGCAGCAAGAAUCCGACAUUUCGGGGUGUAGUCGGACAGCUGCUUCUUUGAGCUCCCUGACUUCUCCCCGGAGUGUACCUGAAUUGUAUGAAGAGAAAGCACAUAAUUUGAGAGUUUUCUCAUUUACAGAGCUCAGACAGGCAACACAUGACUUUAACAGGCUUCUCAAGAUCGGGCAAGGGGGGUUUGGGAGUGUCUUCAAAGGCUCAAUUAAGCCAGUUGAUGGGAAAGGAGAACCCCUCGUUGUUGCUAUCAAGCAAUUGAGCAAGGAUGGCUUACAGGGCCACAAGCAAUGGCUGGCUGAAGUUCAAUUUCUUAGUAUUGUGGAGCAUCCAAAUCUUGUCAAACUCAUAGGAUACUGUGCUGUGGAUGGAGAAAGAGGAAUUCAAAGACUUCUUGUUUAUGAGUACAUGCCCAACAGAAGCUUGGAAGAUCAUCUCUUCAAAAAGGCGCUACCCGCGCUCGCUUGGAAAACAAGAUUGCAGAUAGUACUUGGUGCAGCUCAGGGAUUGGCUUACCUGCAUGAAGGAUUGGAAAUUCAGAUAAUAUACAGAGAUUUCAAGAGCUCAAAUGUGUUACUAGAUGAGAACUUUCAUCCAAAACUUUCAGAUUUCGGGCUUGCCAGGGAAGGGCCAGAAAUUGGGCGUACUCAUGUUUCGACAGCAGUAAUGGGGACAAAUGGAUAUGCAGCUCCAGAUUACAUAAAGACAGGUCAUCUCACAGCAAAAAGCGAUGUAUGGAGCCUCGGUGUUGUACUUUAUGAGAUUCUGACAGGAAGACGAUCAUUGGAGAGACAUCGGUCGCGACCGGAGCAGAAACUUGUGGAAUGGGUUAAACAUUUCAAUCCUGACAGCAACAGGUUUAGUUUGAUAAUAGAUCCACGGCUUGAAAACCAGUAUCCUAUCAAUGCAGCUAGAAAAGUAGCUAAGUUAGCAGAUACUUGCCUGGCAAAGAAUGCAAAGGAUAGGCCCUCCAUGGCUGAGGUAGUGAACAGAUUGAAGCUGAUCAUCAAAGCUGAGGAUGACAGCGAACCUUACGCGAAAAGUCCUGAUUCUGUAAAUGACGAACCCGACAUGGAAAGAGAGCCAGAGAAAAUGGAAGCACCGAUGUCGUGGAGAAGGCGAAUGAGCCACCUGCAGAAACUGGGAGAGCAUGUGGAGGGUGCAAGUAGAAGAAGAUUUAUGAUAAUGCAAAGAGCAAAAGUGCCUUAAAAAACUUGGGUUUUUUCUCAUUCAGAAUCAGAUUUUGGUAUAUAGACUAAGCUGCAGUUUUGAAACAUUGAGGCAAAACAUAGGACACAAACUAGAAAGUCUACUGCCGGAGGUGAACAGAAGCUAAUGUAAAUAGUCUAAUUGAGUUAUUUUAUUCUAUUGUUUCAAUGCUUCAGCUUUUGCUCUAUGGGGCCCAGAAAACAAAACCAACUAUUUUAAUAAAAUCUGAAGAUAAAAUGCUUCAGAUUUUAUUCUAUUGUUUAAUGAAAUAUAUUAUAAA